UGUAACGUUGAAUCUGUAAUAUUUGUCAUUGUGUGUGUUUAGUUGCGCGCGCAUACGUUUUUAUUGUUUAGGAGUAUGUUAGUUAAAUGUCGCGAUUGGAUAUGUUCACUCUUGGUAUUUUCUUGGAUAUUUGCUUAUUCACAUUCAGUGAAGGACAAAAAUAUGAAAUUAUGCCGCAAAUCAUGAAAAAAUCACCUAAAUACGACGUGCAUAGAAUACAAGCAAACGGUAAAGUUCAUAGAGCAAGAAAAAGUAACACUUUCGAUUACGAUUAUGAAGAUUGGGAAGACAAGGCUCCAGAUUAUAUAAAUUUCUACGUGAACGCGUCUGAUUCGACGACUGACACACAAACACAAGCUGACACGUCACCCACGAAUAUACCUGACAUCGUAACUGAUUUAACUUCCUCAAUUGAUGACAUCCAAUUAAUAAAUCAGACGGAAACUUUACAAGAUACAAUUGCAACAAACACAGAAACGAUUCUUGAAACGCAAAGCGUUACGUUUACUGCUGCAAGUACUGUUGCUACCAGUCCGUCUACGUCAUAUAUACCAGAAUUUCCGGAUUUCACUGAAGAUAUAUUUCAAAAGUCGACAAUAACUGUGCCCACGACAAGCAAACCCGCAAGAAAUCGUCUACUUAAUGAACUCAUUCUAGUAAAAAAAGAAACCCGUGAAGGGUAUUUCACGGCAGGUUUGGUCGUGGCGUUAAAGAAAUUAUCCGAAAAGGAACCGGAUGACCUUAAGAAUCUCAUUGUUGGUUUACACCACGAAGUCACCAGACUCAACAACCUCAAUAAGCUAGCGAUGUUGGGACCAAUAGUUCAGCAGACGUUCACUUCGAUGGUAUACGUUGCGACCUUAGCGUCCACUGAAGCUCUCCAAAUACAAUCACAAAACGGAGUGGGUGCUCUUCAAAACCGAAGAGAAGAUAUAGCGCCCGACUGGAAUGCUAUUCUGGACAUAGCUGAUACAAUAUACGAAGAAGGAGAUCUUCAUGACCUUGCGAAUUUCCUAAGAGACUUACAAGAUUAUCCCAAAAAUAACAAACAACCUAUCGAUAUAGCUAGUGAUGCUAUUAAGGUGUUAAUUUUCAUGCCAUAUGAAAGAAUAGAAGGAACUGCUAAAGAUAAAUUAUUAAGGCUAGAAAUACAAAAUGCUGUGAAACAAAGAUUGGAAGGAAGUAACUAUAUGGGAGGCCGGCGUCAAGUUGGCGACGGAGUUGAAGAUAAAACAUCAACUAACAGAUACAUGAAAGAAAUGGUAAAAUUUGAUCUCCGAACAAAAGAACCAACAUCGUCAACCGUAUACAUGGAAUAUGCACGAAACGCAACAAUCAUGAAGAGACUUAGGCACAAAAUGAAAUUAUACAAAGAGAAAUUCAAAAUAAUCAACCAGAAGGAAAGAGGAUCAAGCAGGAGAGGACCGACGACAACCACGACGACCACCACCACGACCACACCCAAACCACCGAUGCGAAAAAGCAAAUACUACAUACGGAAGUACGUGAAGAAAGAUCUUUAUAAAAUGACAACAACGACCAAAAAAACGACGACUUUCAGAAUCAGAUACUACGGCAAAAUAAGGAAGUUUAACAUCGACGGCGAUAACUUUGAUCUAAAACAUGCAGAACCUUCCAAUGGCAGUAAUGAUAGUGAAGGUUACUACUCAGAUACUGAGUAUAAUAACGAUAAACAAGCAGAUAUCAGCCUAGAAAGCGCAGGAGCCUAA